AUGGUGGAACACAGCGGCCUGGAUAUUAUGUGUUUGAACAAGUAUUGCCACAGUUCCUCCUCGUCGUCCAGCUCCGAGCAUGAAAAGAAGAUUUUCACCAAGCUAAAAAUCAGUUUAACUGGGGACUAUCCGAGGAAGAACGCGGAGAUCCUCAGCGGCCAGUAUGGGAUAAAUGUACUGCUGAUCGGAGCGGCGCUGAUGCUGGCCAUUGCGCAUCAUGGCCCCUCUGUCAAGGAAGAGCACCUGCUGUCCUUCAUCACCUGCCUCAUGAUCCUCCAGCUGAUCUGGAUGAUGUGGUACAUCCUGGUGAGGGACAGGCAGAAGAACCUGCAAGCAGAGAAAGAUGUCCACGCCACCACAUGCUGGAUAAGAGGUGGUUUGACUCUCCUUGCGCUCCUAUCACUGAUUAUGGACGCUUUCCGUAUUGGGUAUUAUGUGGGCUAUCAGUCUUGUGUGUCGGCUGUGCUUGGGGUAUACCCUGUCAUCCAUGCAACUCACACCAUAGCACAGGUGCAUUUUCUUUGGUUUCACAUCAAGGAUGUCAUCAAGACCUUUGAAACUUUUGAGAGAUUCGGUGUAAUCCAUGCAGUGUUUACUAACCUUCUCCUGUGGUGCAAUGGUGUGAUGUCAGAGGCAGAGCACUUCUUAAACAACCAUAAGAGAAGGCUCUCUGCCCUAGGCUACGGAAACCUCAGCAUAGUGCAUUCAGAGCCUCACUGUAACUGCACCACCAGCGCUUGCUCCAUGUUCUCCAACAGUCUCUACUAUCUCUAUCCCUUCAACAUUGAGUACCACAUCUUUGUCUCUGCCAUGCUCUUUGUCAUGUGGAAGAACAUUGGACGGACCAUUGACCUGUCUUCAAACCAGAAAAGACCAGGCACAAAAACCCAUGGCCUGAUCUUAGGCCCAAUUCUGGGUCUAGUUGCCCUGGCCAGCACCAUCGGAGUCCUGGUGGUCUACAUCAUUCACGUGGAGGAGUCCGUCCAGACACGUCAGUCAGCCAUUUCUAUGUUCUACUGUUACGGCAUUGUCAUGCUGGUGUUCAUGUGCUCCGCCGGGGCAUCAGGGCUGCUCAUAUACCGUGCAAACCACAUGCCAAUGGACACCACCAAGAACCCAUCACGACAGCUAGACACAGAGCUGCUGUUUGGAUCCUCUGUAGGCUCCUGGCUCAUGUCCUGGUGUAGCGUAGUGGCUGUGCUGGGCUCAAACAGCAGCCCACCUUACCGCUGGACCAACCUCAUCUACGCGUUGCUUCUUGUCUUGGAGAAAUAUGUCCAGAACCUCUUCAUCAUAGAGUCUCUUUAUCGCCAGUGGGAGGACGGGGAGAGGGAGGAUCCUGAGUUACCAGCUGCCCCAGAAAUCUUCUCUGUAACUUCAUCUUUGGCCCCUCCAUACAACGGCAUCAUCAACCGGGCCUAUGACACUCCGGACAGGGCUUGUGUCACCAUGGAGAAUGAGCAAGAGGAAAAUGGACAGGUGUACAGGUGUCCCAGGAAGCCUUCUGAGGUGCCUCUGCCUGUGGGUAAAAAAGUAGCAGAGCGCCCGAGUGUGAAGAGGCAAAUCCUGAAAAACAUCACUGUCUUCCUUAUAAUGUGCAACAUCUCACUGUGGAUCCUCCCUGCCUUUGGCUGCAGGCCACAGUACGACAAUGGGUUGGAGCAGGAGACAUUCGGCUUCAGCAUAUGGACCACAGUUCUCAAUUUUGCUGUUCCCAUGAACCUUUUUUAUCGCAUGCACUCGGUUGCUUCCCUGUUCGAGGUGUUCCGUCGGGUCUGACCAAAGAGCUGAGGACUGACAGAGCUAGAUAACAUGCACAAGAACACUAGUCACCACCGGCUCCCGAGAGUGUCUCACAGUGCAGGUCAACCGUUCAGGAGGCACUCUGGGUCACACUCGAACAGACUUGAAAGCAAGCCGUGGAGAUAAACAAAAUGCAGAUCCCUCAGUGUAGGGAUUCCAGAGGAAGAUGAACCUCUUAGCUAGCCUCCUCUGAAGAAUUACCCUGUAUAAAGUGAGGCAUAAAACAUAUGGUUCGCAAAGGUGACUUUGGCGGUUAAAUAUUUCAGUCUAAAAAGGACCCGCCCUACACCUUGUAUUGUAGUCACAUUUCAGUGAGUUUUCUCAGUUUCCUGAUCGGUGCAUCAUGUAAGAUGUAUACAUCAUAUCAUACUGUACAUGUACAUUUUGUAAUAGUUCCGCAGAACAACCAAGCUUGAACUGUUUCAUAUGACUGAAAGUCGACUACACACCUGAUGACCACACCUGAGUAAAACUUUCAAAUAUUACAAACCACUGAAACACCUCUUAGUCUCAAUUAUCUAAUAAGACAAUAGUACUGUAUUCCAGAAAGCCAGAACUGCAAAGGUAUACUUCUUGAAUUUUCUUGCCUUCUUAAUUUGUAUUUGAGAUGUGUAUAGUGUAUAUGGAUAAUGUUCUCAUUUACUUCAUUUGGUAGUUCAGGUAGUUCAGAGUAAGUUAUAUGCAACACUUGAGCUGCUAAGCUAGUGAACAUCUUCAGCACAGCACUAUAUUUUGAAUAUCCUGAUGUUGUGGACUAUAGUUCUCAGAGCUGUUUCUUACAUCUAGCAUCUGCCUCUCUAAGUCAUUGAAGGUUCACCAAAACUGACAGUCUUGGACACUGAUUUGUACACUGAAGGGUCUCUUUAUCUGUCAAGUCAAAAGAGGUUGUGUUCACUAUCAUGUUAUUAGAUAGCACUGUUUUUAUGAAUCCAGAAUUCUGCGAUCUGUACCCCCAAUGUAUUGAGAAGUAGACAGAGAGAUGUACUGCUAAACAUGCCUUCUGUUAUACACUAUCACAAAGUUAAUUCACAUUACUGGGGAAAGGCACUGAUUUAUCAUUGUUCAGAACAGGUGCCUUGUAUAUUAUUGUUAAAGGUGGAAAUUUGCUGAAAUUGAACUCUGACGGUUCAUGUAAUCAAGAAUUGGGCAGCAAUCAUACACCAACAUCAAUCAUGUUGGUGAGAAAAAUUGUGUUGUUAACUGCAACCAGACCAGAGAUUGUGAGUUUACACCUGAAGGAUCAUCAUUACAAAUAAUCCCAGUCUGUGAAAUUAUUGGUGGAACUGUGGGAUAAAAUACAGAAACAUAGUUGUACUGUACAAUUUUAUGUUAAAUCCAUGUAUUAAGUUCAGCACGUUCUCAACCUGGUGCUAUCAACUCUAUGUGUUCUCAGCAUGUGCCAACUUGUGGUCAAUAUUUGUUUUUUUAUAGGUGCAAACCGCAAUACUAUAUCAUCUUUGUAAAUAUUGCUAUGUUGAUCAAAAAUCAUCAUACAGACACUGUGACACGAUUUUGUGAAAUUCUAAUGAAUGUGGUGCUCAUAUGAAAUUAUGUGUAUAAUAGUGAUGAAUGUAUAUCUUUUGCCUAAUGAAAUAAAGAAUAGUUUUCCUUUUU